UCACAACUUAUAAGUUUUAGAUUUUGUGGCGAAGCCAUAGGCGGACUAUUUAAAUUUAUAAAUAAAAUAAUGUAAAAUGUUUUAGUUUCAUAGUUUUUAGUCAUUAAUGAUUAAGGUUUGGAGUUUAUUUGUGAUACCCAAUUUUAAAAAUAAUAACUUCAUUGCCUUUCGAGACAUGUCUCACAAAGUAUUUGUAUAUGGAACACUCAAACGUAAUGAGCCUAAUCAUCACUGGCUCACAAACCCUGAUAAUGGAACAGGGACGUUCCUUACAGAAGGCAUUACAAAGAACAAAUACCCCCUUAUAAUAGCUACAAAGUACAACAUACCAUUCCUUUUAUAUAGCCCUGGUGAUGGACAUCAUAUUAAAGGAGAGAUCUAUGAAGUAGAUGACAUCAUGCUCAGUAAAUUAGAUAUUCUGGAGGACCAUCCCAAAUGGUAUAUCAGGGAAAUUGAUGAUAUACUGGUUAAGAAACCGGGUUCCAAUGACGAGGAAAUAGUAAAAUGCUGGGUGUAUUUCUUGAAAAAUUUCCGACCAGAGCUAUUGAAACGGCAACUUUUCGAAUGCUACACCUCCAGUGGUACACAUGGCUUAAAAUAUUUGGAAAGGUCAAAACGCGAUCCUAAUCAUAACCAUUAUUCUGAAGUUAAGAAAUAAGAAUUAAAAGCUUUUGGGUAUGGUACAAGAUGUCUAUGGUUUUGCUAGAAUAUUUUUGGUAAUGAUUUUUGCUAUCUGUAAAGCUUGUCUAUGGACCAUGGUACUUUUAUGAGUGUGCAACUCUGUAUUUUGUACAUAUGUGUGACCUAAAAAUGAGAAUCAAAUGGAAGUAACAAAAUCCUUUUCUUUAUAUUACUAUUUGAAAUGUAAUUUAAAACGUUCUACAACCCUAUAUUUACUCUAUAAUGUUUAGUAAUACAUUUUUAUAAUGAUAUGCACUGUGCCUAAACUCAUCUAUAAUAAUAACAAGUCCUAAUAAAUGACCCAUUCAUAGUGAAAGCAUGGAGUUUAGUUUUCAGUCUGCUUAUAACUUUGAUCAUGAAGUUGUUAUUUAUGAUCCAAGGCUCAAAAUUAGAUACGUAGAUUUUUUUUAUUCUUGAGUUAUUUUUUUAUUU